AUGAUUGGGUGGAGUAUAGCGAUGGAAACUAAAUAUUAUGAUAAGAGCAGAGAUUAUGAGGAUUAUAAAGAAAGAUAUGAGGAAGUUCAGGAGGAAUUAAUUGAAAGAGCAAAGGCAGAGGAGAAAUUAGAAAGUGCCAAGGCUCGGGAGUUAGGUUUGACAAAAUUAUUAGAAGAUACCAAAACCGAGUUGAGUUUAGUUCGAGUGGAGAAAGACAAUCAAGUGGCGAUAUUCGAAAACAAACUCGACCAAAAAUCAGCAUUAUUAGAAAAUAUUCGCCAAGAGUUAAAGAAUUUAGAAAUUAAAAGUGAAAAAGAAAAAGCCGAAAAAAACAGUGAGGUUAAAGAAAAAGAUAGUGAACUAAAAGAAAAGGAAAAAGAGUUAAAACAAAAAGAAGAGGAAGUUAAAAAAUCACAAAGAAAAGCCGGACAAUCUCGCGAAGAAUUAUUAAGUGAAAAAUCAAGAUUAAAAGAGGAAAAAUUAAAGGCUUUUACUACUCCUUUGGGAGUUAGUUUACAGCAAUUUAACAACUUACGCCGAUAUUAUGAAAGAUUAACCGAUGCUCGCAAAAAUUUUAAUCAAGCCAAUAUUGAAACCCAUGAGGAUAAUGUUGCUGUGAUUGAGGAAGAAUUUCGUCAAGCCAAUAUUAGUGUUGAAAACAUUCAAAAAAUAUUAGUAAGUUCAGAAGAAAAAGAGGAAGCCAAUAAAAAAAUCCAAGAAAUAAAUAAGGCUUAUGAGAUUUUAGGCGAUGAAGAAAUGAAAAGAAGAUAUGAUAACGGAGAAGAAUUUACCUCUGAUUUUAGUGGUUAUGAUUAUGAAGGAGAAAUUAAGGAGGAGUUUAGAAGAAGGGAAGAAGAAUUGAGAAAGGCAAAAGUAGAUGUCAUAGAUAUCGAAUUGGAAAUACUUAAAUUAGAAAUGAAGUCAUUAGACCGCUCUUCGACAAUUAACGAGAUAGGAAUGGCUUUUAACCUUACUUACCCCCGCGUUUUUAAGGAAAAUUUAGACAGUAAAUUAUGA